AUGCUUUAUAUUUUGUUUUGGCAUGUGCAGAAAGUGUUCAAGUACAUUUAUUCUAGAUGGGUGUUAAAAAUAGUAAGUUUUUUCCCUAUAGUCUAUGAAGAAACAAUUUAUAAGGUAUCAAUCAAUCUUUGGGCUUCCCGUGUGGCACUAGUGGUAAAGAACCCAUCUUCCAAUGCAGGAGACAUAAGACAUGCGGGUUCAAUCUCUGGGUUGGGAAGAUCCACUGGAGGAGAGCAUGGCAACCUGCUCCAGUAUUCUUGCCUGGAAAAUCCCAUGAACAGAAGGGCCUGGCAGGAUACAGUCCAUGGGUCACAAAGAGUUGGACACAACUGA